AUGAGAAGACCGAUUAGAAGGUUAUUCCUGAACAUUUUACUCAUAGUGAUCGUAGUUAUCAUGUUGAAACCGUUUAUUCUGAGAGCUUCAAAGCCGGCGAAGAGGCACAUUUCCUCCCGCCCGGUGGUCAUUAUUGGAACCGGGUUAGCUGGACUCACCACAGGGAAUCAGCUGGUCUCUGAGCAUAAGCUGCCUGUAAUACUCUUGGACAAAGCUAGUUCUAUAGGUGGGAAUUCGAUCAAGGCAUCCAGUGGGAUCAAUGGUGCCUGGACAGAAACGCAACGUUCUACUGGCGUUGAGGACUCGGCGGAACUUUUCCUUAAGGAUACAGUGAAGUCUGCAAGGAACAGGGGUGUAGAGUGUUUGAUGGAACGUCUCACAACAAAUUCAGCCUCUGCCGUAGCUUGGCUACAAAAAGAGUUUGACAUUAAGCUGGACCUGCUGGCACAAUUGGGCGGGCACUCUGCCCCCAGGACACACAGAUCCAGCGGUAAACUACCGCCCGGUUUUGAAAUAGUAUCGGCACUAUCCAAAAGACUGGAAAUUUUGGCUAAGGAACAACCUAACUUGGUCAAUAUCAGCUUAGAGAGCAAAGUAGAGGAUGUUAUACUCAGUGAUAAAGGAGAGGUUUCCGGUGUCGUGUAUACUGACUCGGAGGGUAAGAAGCAGAAAAUCGAGACAUCCAAUGUUGUUUUUGCCUCCGGUGGGUUUGGUUUUUCCAAGGAUAUGUUAAAGCGGUUCGCGCCUGAACUGAUCGAUUUGCCCACCACAAACGGUAAACAAACCACAGGCGAUGGUCAAAAUCUUUUAGAAUUGCUAGGCGCUGACCUUAUUGACAUGGACCAAGUGCAGGUCCACCCAACAGGAUUCAUUGAUCCAAAUGACAGAGAGAAUAACUGGAAAUUUUUGGCGGCAGAAGCAUUGAGAGGCCUUGGUGGUAUUUUAGUUCAUCCAAUUUUCGGGAAACGGUUCUACAAUGAAUUGGACACGAGGGAUAAUGUGACAACUGCUAUACAGAAAUUUUGUCCUGCUGAUGAUAACAGAGCUUUACUUGUUAUGAGUUCAAAGGUUUAUGAGGCAUAUAAGAACAACAUGGACUUUUACAUGUUUAAGAAGCUCAUUAAGAAAGUUCACAUCAAGGAUGUUGUUAAAACCUACCAUUUAUCCAUAACAGUAGAAGAAUUCAUCCAGGAACUGGAAACCUAUUCAUCGGAGUCAAAGAAUGAUCAAUACGGCCGCCCUUUGGUGGUGAAUACAUUCGGUACUGACAUCAGCGCCAAUGAUUACGUGUUCAUAGGGGAAAUAACGCCUGUUGUACACUUCACAAUGGGGGGAGCCAAAAUUGACCAGUUUGCUAGGGUGCUGAACACCAAGGGGAAGCCUCUCGCUAACGGGUUAUACGCUGCCGGCGAAGUUUCCGGUGGUGUCCAUGGUUCCAACAGAUUGGGUGGGUCUAGUCUUUUGGAAUGUGUUGUAUUUGGGAGAACUGCUGCUGAUAGCAUUGCAUCAAGGUGGAAGUGA